AUGGGUCAGCGCUUAAGUGAGGAUAGUGACCCAGACAAGGAAAUUGAUGUGGCGGAGCUGCAGGAAUGGUACAAAAAGUUUGUUGUGGAAUGUCCAAGUGGAACUCUCUUCAUGCACGAGUUCAAGAGCUUUUUUGGUGUUACCAAUAACAAGGAGGCCGCAGAUUACAUUGAAAACAUGUUUCGAGCCUUUGACAAGAAUGGCGACAACACCAUUGAUUUUCUGGAGUACGUGGCAGCCUUGAACUUAGUCCUGAGGGGAAAAUUGGAACAUAAGCUUAAAUGGACAUUCAAAAUGUAUGAUAAAGAUGGAAGUGGAUGCAUUGACAAAACUGAACUUCUUGAAAUUGUAGAGUCCAUUUACCGACUGAAGAAAGCCUGCCAUGGAGAGCUGGAUGAAGAAUGUAAUCUGCUGACCCCAGACCAAGUGGUUGACCGGAUAUUUGAGCUGGUUGAUGAAAAUGGAGAUGGGGAGCUCUCGCUGGAUGAGUUCAUUGAUGGAGCACGGAGGGACAAGUGGGUGAUGAAGAUGCUGCAGAUGGACGUCAACCCUGGGGACUGGAUGAGCGAGCGAAGACGCAGUGCUGACUUCUAA